AUGAGUGUGGUGACUGCACUUGAUCCCCGCGUCCCACUGACCACGCGCCCAAUGCGCGAUGGUGAACGCGAUGGCAUCAACUACCACUUUUUGACUGAGGAAGAGUUCACCAAGCUGGAAAACCAAAACGCCCUCAAAGAAUCGGGCACCUACAAGAACUUCCACUACGGUGCCCUCAAGCCCAGUGCCAGCAGCUUUACCGCCAUCUAUGAUGAUGCCGCUACUGCCCGCAGUGAGGAGGGCAAGAUUCUCUCGGGUGCCACCAAGGCUGUCAACAAGCUGCAGUCAACCAUCCUGAAGCGUGGUCCUGAUGGCCACUGGAACCUUGAAGUGGCUGGCGGUCUGCAAGACGGCCAGCUGCUGCUGCUCUGGAACGAGAACAAGCUGGGUUACCAGCUUGUCAACACCAUUCGCCCGCUCCAGAAGUAUGACGGCAUUAUUGCAAUUGAUGGACAAUCAGUGGCCGGCCGCAAUAUCACGGAUGCCCUGGAUCUGCUCCGCAAUGCCGGAGAUAUGGUCGAGGUGACCAUUCUUCUUCGUGAUGGCGUCACCAACCACGCCAGUCUGGAUGAGUUUGUCCGCCCCAGCCCCACGGACAGCGAUGAACUCAAGCAUGUCAAGGAGGACGUCCGCCGUGACAUUUACCACAGCACCGUGCCGUACACCACUCGCGCCCCACGUGAGGGUGAGACCAAUGGCGUGGACUACAACUUUGUCACCCGCGACGCCUUUGAAAAAAUGAUUCAGGCUGGUGAGAUCUUUGAGUACGGUGAACGUGACGGCAUCUACUAUGGUACUCGUCGCGUGACCAUCGAGACCCAGAACGAGGCUGGUACAAUUGCUGCGCAGCGCAAGAGCAAGUUCCGCCAGUCCCAGGCCCAUCGCAAUGCCAACCCCACCACCAGCGCCCCCAAGAAGCUGGUGGUCAAGCAUGCCGGUGGCGUCCAGGCCCUGGGUGCUACCUUGGUCGAGACGUCAAACGGCGUGUUUGUCAGUGCCGUCCAGUCCCAGAGCCCGGCCUCGGCCGCUGGCCUCUCAGCUGGUAUGCAGAUUCUGGCCGUGGAUGGUCAUGACGUUAGCCACAGCACGCUUGACGUCGUUCGCCAGCGCCUGGACCAGCUUCACGACCAGUUUGACCUCAUCGUCCGCUUCAACCCGCGUGCCUUCAGCCUGGCGAGCGAGGCCCUGAUCAAGCAGGUGGGCAAGGACACCGUGAACACGGUGAUCCUUGACCGCAAUGGCAGCAACGGCUGGGGCCUUCACCUCACGGGCGGCGUCGAGGAGGGCGAGCUUGUCCACCUCGAUCAGCUUGGUGAUGUCAACUACGUGGCCGUCAGUGGCCGUGACCUUGAGGCCGGGGACGCGAUCAUCGCCAUCGACGGCGUCACCGUCGCCGGCAGCUCGCUCACCCACGUGGCUAACCUCCUUCGUGACCACGAACAUGACGUCGAGCUGACGGUUAUCUACAACCAAGACAUCACCAGCCUCAAGCUCGUUGACUUUUUCCACGCCGCCGACCCCCGCAACAAGGUCCUCAGUGCGCUCCGUGAUGACGUUCGCGAAGCCACCUACCGCUCCACUGUCCCAUACACCACUCGUGCCCCGCGUGAGGGUGAGGCAGACGGUGUGCAGUACCACUUCAUCAACCGCGAGCAGUUCAAGCAGAUGCAGCGCGACGGUCGCUUCAUCGAGUGGGGUGAGCGUAAUGGUGUCCUCUACGGUACCGCUACGACUGCCGCCACGGCUUCCAAUGCCAAGGGACCUGCCCGCAGCAUGUCCAAGGUUCGACGUGCCGUGGCCGCCAAGGAGGGUACGGCCGAGCUCGUCCAAACCGUGUUGCUUGCACGUGACGAGAGCGGCAACUGGGGCUUUGAGUUGGCUGGUGGUAUUGAGGCCGGUCGUCUACUGACUGUCGUCAACGUGAGCAAGCCCCGCCAGCUCGCCUACAUGCGUCCCAUGAAGGAAGGUGAUCACCUUCUCGCGAUCAACGGUGUCAGUGUUGCCGGUGCUCCCCUGAGCUUUGCGCAGGGCCUCCUCGAGGUUGAGGGCAAGGACGUGGAGCUUACCCUCCUUUCGGCUGAUGCCAAGCAAGGCGAUCUCCGCAAGGUGUUUGACGCUUCCAACCAGAACCCUGAUGAGGAGCUGCGUCUGCUUCAAGCCGACGUUCGGGCUGACAUUUACGAGCACCGCGUGCCCUACACAACCCGCGUGCCCCGUGAAGGCGAAAUGGAUGGCGUUGACUAUCACUUCGUCUCGCGCGAGACCUUUAUGGACAUGAAGACCAAGGGCCUCUUUCUCGAGUCUGGCGAGCUCAACGGCGUGCUGUACGGUACCUCAAUGGUGGGCAACUCGCGCAACAAACAGCGCUUUUCUCGCAUGCGCCACCAUAGCACCAUGCGUCGCUCGACUCGCCCUCGUCGCAUCACCAUCGAAUGCGGUGCAGAUGAACCGUUUGGCUUGGAGAUCUCCGAGGACCAUGCUGCGGGUGGUACGGUCGUAGUCGGUGUGGCCGAGCACGGCGCGGCCGAGCGGGCUGGCGUUCGCCCUGGUAUGCACAUUGUCAAGGUCGCCGGCAAGGACUUCUCCUCCCGCCCCGUGGAUGAGGUGGCCGAGGCCCUCCAUGAUGCGCGCCAGGCCAAUGGCCGUGUGGAACUGGUGACGCGCUACAUCCCCUCUGUUCGCGACGCCAAGCGUACCCUCUCUUCCUCAUCUGACUACGUCCCGCCCUCGCGUCUCGCCAGCUCCAGUGGAGUUGUCUUUGACGAACGCGAGGAAGAAAUCCCUCCCCUCCCGGCUGCGGCCGAGCCCUCGACUUGCACCCGCGUGCAUCUCUGGUCCACGCCCCGUAGCCACAGCACCGCCCUAAUGUACUCCUUUGCUCAGCGCACUGACACGCGUGUCUUUGACGAGCCUGCUUAUGGCCAUUGGCUCAAGAAGCAUCCUGAUGCGAAGCGCCCCUACCGCGAUCAGGUCGUGGCCGAGCAGGAAACCGAUGUCGAUGCUUUGGUUGCCAAUGUUCUGCGCGGUCCUGUCGAUGCCAACGUUGCCUUUUACAAGCACAUUGCCAAGCACUUUGAGGGAUUGCCCGAUGACCUCUUGGAUGAGGGUGUGCAUGUCAUUCUGGUUCGCAACCCUGUGCAGGUUCUCAACUCGUGGCGUGAGCAGGCCGAGCCCUCUAUCGAUGAGCUUGCAUACCUCGAUGCUCUUCGCAUCUUCUCCAAGCUUCGUCAGCGCGGUCGCAAGGCGAUUGUGGUUGAUGCUGAUCAGCUGCGUGUGCGGCCUGACCUGGUCUUGAGUGAGCUCUGCCGUAGCAUCGGUAUUGAGUUCCAGAAGAACAUGCUUCAAUGGCCCGAGGGCCCGAAGAAGUAUGACGGCUGCUGGGCCCCCGUCUGGUACAAGAGUGUUCAUCGGUCAACUGGCUUUAACGCCUCUGAGGAAACGCCUCGUGCCCUGCCCGCCGAGUUUCAUUCCCUGGUGGAAGACUGCUUUGCGGUCUAUACGACCUUGCAGCGCCAUGCUUUGGGUGGUCAGCUGUCAAACUCGAUCUUGGCUGCACAGACGGUUUCCGACCACGGCAUCCAGAUGCCUGUGCUCCCUGAUGCCCGCAAUGCUAGUAUUUUGGCCUCGAUCAACGGCGUCUUGACGCCUCGUGCCUUUGCGGCCGUGUCUGCCUUUGACUCGGCCGUUCAGGGUGGCGAUGCUGUUUGGGAGGGUCUGCGCGUCUACAACGGCCGCAUUUUCAAUCUCGACAAGCACUUGGAUCGCCUUGUGGACUCUGCCAAGGCUAUGGGCUUUGCUGACAUUCCCACUCGGGAAGCUAUCACCCAGGAGGUGGUUCGCACGCUCGCUGCCAACAACAUGCGCGACGGCGUGCACAUCCGCCUCACUCUCUCCCGUGGUCUCAAGACGACCAGCUCUAUGAACCCUCGCUUCAACGUGUAUGGUUCGACCUUGAUCGUCUUGCCCGAGUGGAAGCCUGUGGAGGGCGUGGCCACUUAUGACAACAGCACUGGAGUGCGUCUCAUCACAGCCAGCCAGCGUCGUAACCCGCCCCAAUGCCUCGAUUCGAAGAUCCACCACUGCAACCUCAUCAACAACAUCUUGCCAAAGAUCCAGGCCAACUCGGCGGGUGCUGCCGAUGCCAUCAUGCUGGAUGUGGAUGGGUUUGUCUGCGAGACAAAUGCCACGAACAUCUUUGCCAUCAAGAACAAGGUUGUCUACACCCCGGCGGCCGACUUCUGCCUGCCCGGAACCACUCGUGCCACGACCAUCUACAUCUGCCAAAAGCUUGGUCUGACCGUGCAGGAGCGUCGUGUCACUCUGUCAGAGCUUCAUGCCGCUGAUGAGGUCUUCACCACGGGCACCAUGGGCGAAUUAACCCCGGUGUUUGAAAUUGAUGGCCGCUCCAUCUGCACGGGUGCCGGUCCCAUCACGCGUCAAAUUCAGCAGGAGUUCCGCGCCAUGACCAAGGAGCUGGGUGCCCCACUGCCUGACUUUUAAGUCUGCAGCACAUUGGUUGUGUCGUGAUGUUGGUUUCUCGAUGAUAGACUUUAGUUUACAUCUUGGCCUUUGAUUUUAUACCAUUGUACUUGUCCGCAGCUGGCCCUUUUGCGCUGCUUUUUUCUUUCUUGUGAUUUCUGUCUGUCUUUUUUUCUUUCUUUCUUUCUUUUUAAUUGCCUCCUCUGAGCGGUGACCAUGACCAUAUUCAGCUGUCCCUUCGCCCUCGGUUGCGUCCUUGCUUCAUCAUCGUGCUGAUGCUGAACUUUUGGCUUGUAGACUUGUGCCCGUUCCAUGUUCUUGUCAACCGGCUUGGUUUUGCGACACGUAUUUGCACUGCAAAUGUGCUGGCGCGCCUUUCCUUUUCGACAUUUGUCCUAUCAAUUGAAAUUUCAACAAUC